GUAUUAAUAACGGACAAUUAAAUUUACCACAACAAUAUUCUCAAAAUACAAAUGAUGUUCGCUUUAGUUAUAAUGGUUCUCAAGGACAUUUACAACAAAAUUUAACUGGAAAUGUUGGGAAUGUUGGGAAUAUGCAACAACAUGUACCUAAUAAUAUACAGCAAGUAUCAGCGAAUUUAGGGAAUUUAGGGAAUUUACAACAUCAUCUUACUAAUAAUAAUAUGCAAAAUGUACAAGUUAAUGGUACGAAUAUUCCAACUAUGGGUCAACCUACAAAUAUGAAUAACUUACUUUUUGAUCCGGCAUUAAGGCCUUUACUUCAGAAAUUUAUAGAAUCUGCUUUUUUACAACAGCUUUCUCAUCAACAACAACAACAACAACAGCAGCAGCAGCAACAACAACAACAACAGCAGCAACAACAGCAACAACAGCAGCAACAUCAUCAACAACAGCAAGCGCAGGCGCAGGCGCAGGUGCAGCAUAUUAAUAACACAAACAUUUAUGGUUUACAAUCGUCGAAUCAACAAACUCAGUCAUUACUAAAUACGGAUUAUUUGCAGAGACUACAACCAACUCAAUAUCUCGUACAACAGUUACAACAGUUAUUAAAUUCGAGCACCAAUAAUGCAAAUGUCAAUAAUUCUAAUGUCAACAUGGCUAAUGUGAACAAUAAUAAUAACGUUAACAACGCUACUAAUGUCAAUUUUCCUAACGUUAACGUUAACAAUUCUAAUGCCCAUAAUCCUAAUAUUAACACUUCUAAUAUCAACAUUGUUAAUAAUUCCAAUGCUAAUGUUAGUAACAUUAAAUCACAAGCAGCUUCAACAUUAGUAUCGCACAUGUCUUUAACAUCACCAAAGCCACCACAACCAUUACAACUAUCUCAACCAUCUCAGUCAUCACAACCUCAAACACCACGACUGCAACCACUACAACUGCAACCUCCACAAUCUCAAACAUCACAAGUGCAACCAUCACAAGUACAACCAUCACAAAUGCAACCAUCACAACUGCAACCUCCACAACUACAUCCUUCACAAUUACAACCUUCACAACUGCAACCACUACAACUGCAACCUCCACAAUUGCAAUCUUCACAAUUACAACCUUCACAAUUGCAACCUCCACAACCGCAACUACCACAACCACCACAUCCAUCGCAAUCACAACUAUCACAGCUACCACAUCUUUCACAUCCACCACAACCACCACAACCACCACAACCACAACUUCCACCACAACAACAAUUACCACCACAGCCACAACAAUCACAACCGUUCGUGCCACAAACUGUUCCAACUGUUCCAACCUGGAAUCAUAAUCAAGUACAUGUGCAAGAAUCACAACAGGCGGAUCAAAAAUCCAUUGAAGAGAACGAGGUGAAUAUUUCAAGUUCAGUUGUACCAACUACAACAGCAAUUACAUCGAUAAAGAAAGAAGAAGGAUCCGAUAGUCAUGUGGUUGUAGAACGACAAAAAACACCUCAUCAAGAAGAAAAGACCCAUCAAGAGGAAAAAACAACAGAACAGCAGACACGAAAUCCUGGGGAAACGAACGUUGAGAUAUUAACUAAGCUAAAAGUGUUAAAGGACAAGAUUGAAAAGGGUUUACACCCUACGAUUAAGCCGAAAUUUUAUAAUCAUCAAAUUUCUGAUGAAGAGAGGCAUCAAAUACAAAAAGGAGCGGAGAGGGACUCGAGACAAAAUAACAAUAGAUAUAAAGAGAACGGUCGCCAGAAUCAUUUCUCAAGAGGAACGCGAGGGAGGAGUCCAGGUAUUGACCAUCGUUCUCCAACGAUUUACAGAUCAAGAUGGAGCCGAUCUCCGUAUAGAUAUGAUAAAGAAGGUAUUAUCUCGGAUUAUAGGAGAUAUCAACGAAACCGAAGUAGAUCUACUAGCUUAAGACGAGAUGUUCGUGGGCCUAACGACUAUUCUGCAAGAUCCGUCUCACCCAGAUUCCGUAUGACCGAUUACGAUGAAAGAUAUUAUUUCCGAAAUUCUGGACAAGAUUUUCGUGACAAAUAUAUGCCGCGUGGUAUGUCAAUGUCAAUGUACGAAGAAUCAAGACAUGGCGGACAUGGCGAAAGGUAUGAAGAUCGCUCGAGAUCUUUUGGGCGAUCAAGGUCUCCAAUAGGAUAUCCAGGAUGUCGUAGACAAAACGGUUGGUACGGAGGAGAACAGUACGAAAGAGAGAGACCCGGCUAUGAAUACGAGUUCUCUGCACGUCGAAGACCAACUGGUCGUUGGUAAAUCGACUCGUUUUGACUAUUUUUAAUAAGUGAUUAUGAUUAUGAACGAUAAAAAGAUCCUUUUACGGUUAUUGACGAAAUUUAUACCCAUAUUAAGAUUAAAUAGCCUUUCAGUUUGGGUACGAUUAUGAGAAUUUUCAUAGUGUAUAUAAAAUAAAAAAAUUAGGUAGUGUAAGAACACUUAAGUGGUGGAGAAAAAUAUUUAAUAUAAAAAUUUUAAUUUCUUUACGUUUAGAUAAAUGAAAAAUAAAAGUAAGAAAUAUAUGGACAAUAAUAUGUUAGAUUGUCCGUUAAUUUGUAUAUAAUAAAAUUAAAUAAAGUUUUAAUAAAGAUUUCCCAAACGGAAAAAAUAUUUUAACUUAUUGAUGACAAUCUCGG